AUGUCUGACUGCGGCGGCCUGCUGUCGCGGUUUCUCGCCGCACCCCCCGGGCUGCGGGACCCGACGGCCGACACCCUGCCCCCUGCCCGGCUGCCGGCGUCGGUCCUGCUGGCCGGGCCCCCGGCGUCCGGCCGGACAACCAUGCUUCUCAACUUCACUAUGCACUUUCUGGCCGAGCGCCCGGACGCCGUGGCCGUCUGGCUGGCCGACGCGCCGGGAGCCCUGCUUGGCCUGGCCGCCGCGUCAGUCCUGCAUCCGACUGAGACACCCUCCCCCGCGGCGGCCGACCGCCUUCGGCGGCUGGACAUCCGAUACUUCCCCCGGCCGCUGGACCUGAUGCGAUACCUGGCCCUGGCGGCCUAUGGCCCCGGGGGAACGUGGCCAACCGGGCCCUUCCUGCUGGUGCUGGACGCCGGGCUCCGGCGCGACGAGUGCCCGACCUCCUCGCAAUGCCUGUCACUGGCGCUGCAAGCUCUGGAGCCUCUGCAGGCCGGCGCCGGGGGCGGCCCGCUGGUCGGGCUGCUGGUAUGCCUCGAGGCGGCUGCCCCGCACCCGGCCACCGGGUCGCGCGGAGGCAUGUUCGAGGCGGCCUUCGACGCGUGCCUGGAUGUGGGCGUCCCCUCCGUCGACACCGAUGACAGCCAGCCCCCGAACGAGCCGCCGGGGGGAUUCUCCCUGUCGCUGACACUUGGCGACGCCUUUGCCUGUCGGACCUUUGACAUUGCCCCGGAUCGCAUCGUGCCCGGGCCCGAACAGUAA